AUGACAUUUAAUUAUCCAAAAAAAAUCAACUGCUGUCUUUUAGAGCAACAUUAGAAGCAUUAUAAUCAGCGAAUAAUUUAAAGUGCAAUAAAAAGAAAUGUAUAACGAUGAUGAUGAACAUGAACUGGACUUGCGUUCAAGCGAUGAACAAAACGAGAUUGAACUAUCGAUAAAUUCGGAAACUCGCAGUGAAGCUACAGAAACUACUCCGCAACAGGUCUUGCAAAAUCGCAGCGUUUACAACUUGAUCAUCUAUGAGAACGACGAGGAUGAUUUGACAAACAUCUCUCAUUCAAGCCGCAGCUACCUGGAGGAGGAUGAUUUACCACUGCCGGUCAUAAGCGAUUCAGAGAGCUCGCGAUGGUCGCGAUUUGGGCAAUGCUGCGAUUGCUGUGAUGCGUGCCUGCGCAAACGCAAAUGGAUUUCGAAGUGCAAAUGCACCAAGAUGAAAAUUGUCUUCUACUAUAUCAUCAUUAAUUGUUUUAUGCUCCUUUUCUUCUGCACGGCUGUAUACAUGACUCAAGUCAACUUCUAUCAAAAUCCUGCUAACCCUCCAUUCAAGCAAUUGAAGUUUAAAGAACCGCAAUAUCCUGGGUUAACUAUGGUUCCCAGUAUGGUUAAUCUCGAUCACUGUCCGUUGUCACUCAUUUAUUAUGGAAGCAAAGGUGAAGAUUCGUUUGAGAAUCGUCGAGAGACACCUUAUGUCAAACGGAUUGCUACCAUGCUAACUGAUUAUUCGAAGAAGUGUGACAGUUCAUUGCAAUGUAAUCUACGACAGGAGACACUUGGUCCUUGCAAGGCUCCAGAUUUUGGAUACAAAGCAAAAACACCUUGUAUCUUCCUUAAAUUAAAUAGAUUGACCUUGUGGCUACCUGAACAAUACACCCUACAUGCUGAUAUUCCCGAUGACUUACCAAGCGAAUUACGCCCAAAAAUCAAACUUAAAGCUUCUAGACUUUGGGUAAAUUGCAAGGGUGAAACUCUAUAUGACCAAGAAAAAAUCGGCAAAGUUGAUUAUUAUCCACGACCUUAUUUUAAUUCCACUUCAUUUCCGCUUACAAACUUUAAAGACACCAAUCCGAUUAUUGCUAUUCGUUUAACCAGAAUUAAAAAAGGACAUAUUGUAAAAUUGGUUUGUGGAAUGUAUGCGAAGAAUGUGCACAUGCAUAAAGCCCAACAUGUCUAUAUUUACAUCAGAAACUAACAAAAUGAAGAUUUACCGACAAAAGUUUUAUUUUUUUACGUGUAAUUAUAUUUUGAAAUAAUUUCUACCUUAAUAAAAGCAAUUUCGGCAACAUCCAA